AUGAAUAUUGAUAAUAUUCGUGAUACCAAUUUGGUUACUCUUGAUGGUGUUGUAAUGGGCCCUCAGUGUUGUACUUAUGAUGACUGUUCAAAUGAUCUCUCUCAUGCUCGAGGUGGAUCUUUAUGUGACAUACAUCACAAUAUGCUUGCUUCACGAUGCUUAGUUCAGGAUUGUCAUAAUCAGAGAGUUCAAGGUACACUUGCCUGUCAGGAACAUCAACUACAAUGGAAGAAACAUUCUAAAAACAGCAACCGCAAAAAUCAAUCUGGAGUUCGUAGAAUGUUACAAAGGCCUGCAGAGAAUCAUCCUUGGCAACCUAACCGUAGAGGGGCAAAUCCACAACAACAUGAUGAUCUAAAUGCUGAUCCACCUCACUCAAAAAACUACUUUAGUCCAGAUCAGUUUUAUUGUGUUGAAACUAUUUGUGCUCCUUGUGGGGUGGUUAUUGCCUGGACUAAAUUUGACAAGUCAGAAUCACCAACAAAUAUACUAAACUUCUUGGGAUCAGUAUAUCCAACUGAAGAGUCAUGGCCUGCCUAUAUCUGCAUUGACAAAGCCUGCCAAGUUCUUCAAACUGCAGUGGCUAAUGGAAGCUGGGAGAUCUGGAAAAAAACCACCAGAUUUAUUGUUGAUUCUUAUCAUUACAUCAAUCACCGAGUGACAGAUUAUCUCUGCCGAAAAUACUGUAAUCCAUCACCAGGAGAUGGAUCUGCUCCAAAUCUGGUAGUUAUGGCCUUUGACAAAAAAGGGAAUCCAUAUGUAAAACGGGCAUUCAAUACACAGGUUUGUGAACAGCUCAAUGCAUGGCUUGGUGGAUAUCAAUCAAUUCUCAAAUGCAUGACCCCAGGCAACUUUAACUGGUUUUUGCACUCUAUGUUAUUUUAUCAUACCAAAUAUGUUCUCCGAAAACAGCUGGUGAAGAAAAAGAGAGAAGAAGAUGCAGAGGAACUGAAGAGACAGCAGGAAGAGGAUGCUGAAGAAGAGGAAGGCUUGGGAUUGGAUGAGGAAAUUGUAGAAGAGGAUGAAGAGGAUGAGUAA